CGACUCCGCACCAGUAACAUUAGCCAGUGCAUACUCCGUCAGUCUGCCUCCGACUAAUCAGUCCACGCUGUUUAUUAUUAUCAUAAUAAAACGAACUCGCUUAUGACAACAACUAAUAUUGUUUUUUUAACACACAAUUGUAAUGGAUCUUCUCAUAAUAUUUCGUCAGUCGGCUGCCUACACGUACACCGGUUAAUUACAAUAUUUAUCCCUCGUGUACACUCGCAAAUAGUUUGCAGAGUUUCGCCGGUUAAAAGUAUUGGCACAUUCGACCGUUGCCCGCAAUCAGACCAAUUAAAGACUAGUACAAACUAAGAACAAUAUUGAUUAACUAAAAACAUGUCUACAACUCCAGACCAAUUAUUGACUACUCCAUCAGAAGAAUCUCAAAAGAGCGCAACUAUUGUCUUUGAAAUGCCAUCUUCGGAAUUAAAAAAAAAUUGUAAUAAUUAUAAUACAACGAACGAAAAAAAUUUAUCAGAUGCAAAUCAACGUGGACAAUUGUUUUCACAACCUCCAUGGCAGAAACUUUUAGUCAUAUUCUUGGCAGAAUUAAUUGGGACUGCAAUUUUAAUGUUUUUUGGUUGCAUGGGUGCAGUUCCAUCUACUCCAACUGGAAGUCUUGGGCAAUAUAGUAGUGCUCUUUCAUUUGCCUGCUCUGUUUCAAUAACUAUUGUUAUCAUUGGACAUAUUAGUGACUGUCAUCUGAAUCCAUGUGUAACAUUGUGUGCAUUACUUUUAGGAAGAAUUUCUUUAAUUACGUCAAUUGUUUAUUUUAUUGCUGAAUUCCUAGGAGCAUUGAUUGGAUAUGGACUUUUAGUUGUUGUAACUCCAUAUAAUAUGUUAGAUGGCAGUUUUGGUGAAGGUAUUUGUGUUACUAGUCCAGUUAUAGGUUUAUCAGUUUGGCAAGCACUAUCAAUCGAAAGUUUGGCUACUGGAAGUCUUAUCUUACUUGUUUGUUCUGUUUGGGAUCCUCGUAAUGAUAAUGGAGAUUGUGGUCCGUUAAAAUUUUUAGUUAUCAUAUUUUUAACAUCAAUGGUUGUUGGACCUUUUACAGGAAAUAGCUUAAAUCCUGUUAGAACAUUAGCUCCUGCCAUAUAUAACAAUGCUUGGAAUAUGCAUUGGAUCUACUGGGCUGGACCACUUGGAGGAACUGUUGCAUCAACAUUAUUUUAUAAGUAUGUCUUCAUGACUUUAAACAGUGGUGAACGUGAAAAGUGAAGCAAUACCAAAUAAUGGCAAUGUGAAUUUAAAAUAAUUUUUAAUUAUAUUUUAACUCUCAUCAUUUUACUGUUAAUUUCCUCUCUUAAGAUUAUUCUAUGUUAUGUUGACUUUUUUACACUUUAUUUUUAUUACUUAAUUUCAUAUAGUUAUAAAUAAGAAUUUAUUUUAUCUUUAUCAUUUUUAAAAUUUUUCUUUGUAAAAUUAUAAUUUGUAUAAAAGUUUUGUCCUAAUUUUCUGUUUUUAUGUUUUUUGUACUAAAUAUGUCAAUAUUCUUUAUUAAUUACAUUGUUCCCAACAAAAUGAACAAAUAGCAGCAAUAAGAACUAAUUUUCUGAGUAAUAGUUUUGUGCACUAAUAUUAUUUAAAGAAUAUUUUAAUUUGAAAUUAUAUUUGAUACUUAACUUAAUUUUAUGAUGAGUUUAUGAUGUUUUAUUUAGUACAAUUUAAAAUUAAUUUAAAUUUUUAUCAUGUAUUUAACUGUCUGAUCGCCUUUGUUUAA